AUGAACAAGAGCUCCAUCCUCUUUGCCUCAUCAACCAAUUUCGGUCCUCGCCUGAUCAGCUCUGCGCUUCGAGUAUUAGAGGUUCUUCUUCAAGCUCACACACAACGUGCGGUUGCAUUCACUGAGGCCUGCUACCUCGCGUAUCAAGAGUCACAUCGUCAUCUGAGUGUAUCGACCUUUGGUGCGUCGAAAACCUGUGGCAACAAGUAUAAGCGUGCCAUGGAUGCUUCCGGGCUUUUCGUCGCCGAUGAUAAGCAACCUGACGAUGACAACAUCUCCAUCAGCUCCACCCUCGCGUCCGAACACGAUUCUGAUGAGGAAUGGCUGGUAGAGGGUAUCCGCGCUCAGUGUCGCGAAGGUGGGAGAGACAAAUUUCUGGUAGAGUGGACUGGUUACCCCAUCGAAGAGGCCACAUGGGAGCCCGAAGAAAACGUGACGGAUGAGCUACUUGGGGAAUGGAAAGACACUCAAGCAAAGCAAGCUUGUGGGGAGGAGAAGCCGUUCGACAUUGUCGCCUGGCAAGAAAGCGUGGUCAAGCGUCAAGAGGACAAAUACCAGCGGCAUCACCAGCGCAACGUUGAACGGAAAAAACGAGGUAUCCAGCCUAGACUAUGGGAGGGCGAAACCAAAGCGGAUUAUUAUCUCAGCGACGAAGACGUUGGGGAGGAUGAUUACAACGCCGUAUUCCCCCCUCCAAAGGCUGUGGAGCGAAACGAAGAUGCGUUUUAUUCUGAUACUCAACCCUCCAAGAUCGCCCCUAAGCAGGAGGUCGCAAAGGAACCAAUCCUUCAGAAACGGGCUUCAGCGACAGAGAAAUCAAAAUCACCAACAAGAAAGGCACAAUCCAGCUCUAGCCCUCAGCCACGCUCACAGCCACCUUCGGCGCUGGCAGCGGCGACUGAAUAUCAAGGAACAGCAAAGAAGAAGCCUCUGCCGGGCAGGGUGGUCAACAAUGCGACAACCAGCCGGUUGCCGAAUAGCGCGACAGCAACUGCGCGGACCACUCACAGGGCCAAAAAGACUGCUGUGAGCUCUAGGACAAUGGUUAGAUCACAGAACACCGGAACGGGCAUCAAUGUCUUCGCGGCCGGCAAGCAAUCAAAGCAGCGCCGUCAACUCGUACAGAACGUGGCCGAUCCUAACAAGGAUGCUCGUCUUUUCUCAAAUCACCGACUCAAGAGAAAAGCUGAGUUACAAGGUCGUGAGAAAGCGGACAUGGCUCCCGCGGCAGUCCCAACGAAGCUAUUCAGCAUCAGCCGCGGGCCGCCUCCUGGAACCACUACCGGUACAAACAUCAAUCCGAGCACCAAUACCACCGCUAGCAUCCCUCGGUCUGUACUGAAGCGUUCAGUCGAUGAUCUCUCGACGAGGUCAGCCAGUGAGUCCAGUAUGACAGCGUCGGAGAGGGCGGGGGUGUCGCACCCUCAAAAUCUCGGUCAGCCCCAGACUAUUCAGCCAACGACCAAGAAAAGGAAGUCCGUUCAGUUUGCAGACGUUCCGCUUGCCGAUGAGCCAGAAGAGAUGGACGUGGACUACCCGACUGCUCGGCCAAAAAGACUCAAGUCGCCCCCGAUGCCUUCAGAUCCGUCACAGUCUACUCAACCGCCUGCUAAGCCUCAUUCUAUCCUUCGCAAGUUAUCAAUAACAGACUACAAGUCGAGAAGCACAGGCCAAAACCACGACAAAACUGUCGUUUUAGGUCCUCCGGGAAGCAAGGACAUUGAAAUGACAUUUGAUAAUGUUAGAGCCGACUCUGACGCUUGGCAUUCUCAAUUUGUUGACGAGAGACUGCUGCAUUUCGCCAGAAAUUUCACAGCCAGAACUUUUGCCUCUCAAAGGGCAAUUGUUAUUGAAAGGGUACUCGCAAAUGGAAGCGUCAGGCCCAAGUCAAACAACGAUCAAGUUGCUGUGGAGAGAGCAGCAGAACGGCUCCGAUCAGGGGCGUUUGGGGUUGCAUGCUUCUAUGAAGACUUUCUCAUUGUCAUUUACCCAGCUGGGUGUGAAGAUUGGAAGCAAACAAUGCCUGAAGUCGAAGCCAACAGCCCGGCAAACGUCUAUCUGAAAUAUGUCAUCUUCAAGCCCCAGCCGGCUGUUAAGAAGCCUUUACCAAUCAGACAGAUCAACGCUUCAAAGAUAGCUUCGCGAAUUGCCAUCUUCCGCGAUCUCUUACGCCUCGACUACCAUAUGAUUCUGCCCCCCGGCAUUCGAAAUGUACGCCACAAUUUCUACCUGGCGUUUCCUCCAUCUAGGGUGCUGUUACUCGAGGCUAUGAGCGAGUGGCUUCGCUCAGAGAAUCCCGAAUGUAGGAUAUUCUCUACUAAAACGGGUGGCGACUGGGCCGCCUUUACCAACCCGAAGAUUGUUACGCAAGGAGUAAUCAUUGUUCACGAGGCAGCCGCCGAUUCGCUCCGACAGUUCCCUGGUUUGCUCAAGCUGCUUUUGCAUAAGAGCAGUGCAACUUACGUCUUUUGGUGCAUUGGGGAGUCACUCCAGCUGUCUCCCGCGUACCCAUCUAUUCGGUCUAUGCACAACGAGAUGCCAAAGCUGGGCACAUUCGAGUUGACGAGAUUUUUCCCCCACGGUAACGCAAUUUUAGUUACGCCAAGUUUUCUGGUCUCUGAACCACGCCGUGCCUUCCAACUCUUUCAGUGGUACAAUAGGACCUAUCAAAAGCCUAGUAAUAACCAAAAGAUCGUAGCGGCGGCGAGCUUACGGGAGUAUUUGCGGGAUCUUGCGCAUGAGCGAUCCGCCCGCCGAGACGACUUGAUGGCAGAUGGUGACCUAACACGCCAGUGGUCAACGUCGAAGCGCGAGGAUAUAGCACGAAUUGCAGGAUUAAGCAAAGAAGAUUGCACAGCUCGAUUCGAGACAUGGGCGAUAGUGGAAGGCCUCCAAUCGGUCAUAGACACAAGCAUUGUGCCGGAUGAGCAGGUCGAGGCCAUUGUCUUUGCUGAUGGAUCUAUUGAUGCCAACGACGAGCAAAGCUUGGUGAAUUGGUUCGGCUGUUGGUCCCAAACUCGUUUCGACCAGUUCCGCAAGUUCCACGUUCUAGGAACAGAUGGCACUUCCGACAAUAGCCAUCUGAUCAAGGACGGCGACAUUCCCAUAUAUCCGCCUGGGGUUGGGCGCGAUCGAGGAGCCGAACCAAAUCCCGAUGUUCCUGGCCCGCGUCAGAACAUGUCAGGUUCCGACAAUAAUCUUGGACCACAAAGUGGAGGUAGCAAGCUUCUUGGAGGCUUGUCUGGCCACCACUUCCUGAGCAAGUUGAAGGCAAUCGCUACUCGCAACGAACGUCCUAAAUUGUGUCCAUUUGGGAAGCUCUUUGGCUUUGCUGUCUCCUAUUACGAAGACAUUGCUAAUACAGCUGACUCUUAUGGAGACUUCCAUCGCGACUUUUCAACAUUCGACAAGUGGAUGGAGUGGCCCUGGCCGUUCUUCUCAUCCUACCAGGAGCGUUUCAAGCAACCUUCAGCACCCUAUCAUCUGCCGCCGACAUUCAAUACCUACUUCGCGGUUUUUUACACUCCUGAAGAUGAUCAUCCAAGCAAACCACCACCGCGCCAUCCCUGGCUUGCGAUUUGGCGGGUUCGUGAGCCUUAUGCGGCUUGGAAAGGAACCGAGCUUUUUAUUUGGGACACCGCGGCCAAGGAUCGAUGUUCCACAGCGAACGAGGUCUACGAGUCUCAACUCUUGCAGGCACAGCAGCACCUUAUACAGAUGGUACGGGAGCGAUCUGAAGACAAACAUCGGGGCCUUCCUCUGCUAGAGGUCUGGUAUGGUGGGUUCGAAACAGAGCCUUCGGAGUAUACCUUGCCAGUCGACGUCACGUUCCAUAACUUGGACGUGAUGAUGUCGGACUGCAAGCAAUAUCUUCCAGCGGUUGAUACUUUAUUACUGCGCAGGGGUUUCCGCAAGAUUUGUCCCGGCGACGCGCCCAUUGGGCACGGGCUUCAUGCCACAGACUCUUCAAUGGAUAUUGAUAUGAUUGGCGGUCAUCGAAAUCAGGGCGGCGAGAGCAAGAUCAUCUUUUACCCGCCCAGAGCCAUGAAUCCGACAGGACAGAGCAGAUGUGAGAAUUUGUUCUACACCUGGGUGAUGAAUAUCGACAGACAGAAUCCUCGUCCCGCGUGGCCUUACACGUUCAGACCGACCACCGAGUGGUACCAGCAGCAGGUUGCCGAGAACCGGCAUUUCGAGCACCUCAACGUUGCUACUUGGCAGCGGGUAUUUGAAGUCCUCAGGUUGCCAACUGAGAAGAGCAAGGCCGAGUCGCAAGAGAGCGGCAAAAAGUGA